CCAUUUUGUUAGGUGAUUGGAGAGUAUCUCAUAUUCGCAGUGAUUGGUGCUGGGACAGUUCUUACAAACGCGGGUUUUGUAAUUCUACUAUGUAAAAUGCUGUAACUACAUAUCUGCAAAUAAAUAAAACUGAUAAGGAAGUGUGCACACCACCAAUCAUGUCCGUUUUCUUCGUAAAUACCGCUGAAGGGGAGAGUGAGCCUGAUGCAUCUUCAGAUGGUAAUUCAAACCCACAAGCGCAAUCGGAGGCACAUCAAGCAUUGGCAACAUUUUGGGAUCGUGUUACAGAUGAAAUAAAAAAGAUUGGAACGAUGGACUUGAAAACGCAAGCACUGCCUUUAGCCAGAAUCAAGAAGAUAAUGAAAUUAGAUGAAGAUGUUAAAAUGAUAAGUGCCGAGGCGCCAAUGCUGUUUGCUAAGGCUGCUGAAAUCUUCAUUCAUGAAUUGACGUUAAGAGCGUGGAUACAUACUGAGGACAACAAGAGGAGGACAUUACAGAGGAAUGAUAUUGCUAUGGCUAUCACAAAGUAUGAUCAGUUUGAUUUUUUGAUUGACAUUGUUCCUAGAGAUGAGCUAAAACCAAAUAAAUCUAGGGAUGAUGGUGGAGUUCGAACGACUUCAAUGAAUCCUGAUCAGGUACACUACUACUUUCAACUAGCUCAGCAACAUCAAGCAGCUCUCCAGCAGACAAAUCAACAAACUGGAUCAGCAAAUCAAGCAACUAUACAGAUAGUACAGCCUGGACAGGUUCAGACUGUUGCUAUUCCUAAUGCUGCAGUUGAGCAGGUGACACAAGUUGGGACAAACUCCGCAACUACAACAACGGUGGCUGCACAGCAGCAUCAGGCAGCUGCACAGCAGCCAGCACAGGUCAUCCAGCUGCAGCAGGCAGGGCAGGUCGCUGCUGCACAGCCCGCAGGCGGGAUACAGAUAGUCCAGCAAAUUGUUGCCCCCUCUGGGGACAUACAGCAAGUACCGAUUCAGUUAACUCCGCAACAACUACAAAUGAUAAGAAUGCAGAUGCAAGGUGGUACAAAUCAGCCAAUUAUAAUUCAGACGGCCCCACUACAGACGAUACAGCAGGCAGGGCAGCCACAGAUCAUACAGGUUGCCCCGCAAUCUGGAGGGGGGACGCCUGUUUAUCUGACUCAAGCAGCUGAUGCUACGAAUGGGGAAAAUGAGUAAUUAAGGGCACGCAGAAUAUUUUAUAAUGUGAAUUGUCCACAGUGAAAUGGACAGACUUCAAAUAAACCUAUCAAGUUGCUGUGAACUUUAAAAUUUGUGACCACAAAUGCGUGUGAAUGUUGGGGACCACCAGCUACCCUCGAUAGUCAUUCCUGUAUGCUAGCAUACUGCGAACUUGGGGAAACAAUAUUCUCACACCCAUGUUCCACUGGCUCAUUCAAAGAGUUUAGUGUUAUUUAUAUUUAAAUGACGACUGUUUUCAACUUUUGACUUUUGUACAGAAAAAAUGAAGUGUGUUUCAUUUACAGUAUGUUCUACUUAAUUGUAUAUGCAUGUGUGAGUGUGAAUGUGCAAUAACUGGAAAUUUGUAGGUCCAGAUCAAUCUACAUAUGUAACAUCCAAAUGCAAUAAUUGUGCAGUAAUUUAUUUUGUGUAUAGUUGUAAUAAAAGUUUUCAUAUAACAACCA